AGUCGAGACAGGAAAUUGCACGAAUGAUAUAUCGAUUUUGUGUUAUGAACACCGAACCAAUGAUCGAUGGGAACACUGACCAACAAUUGCACGCGCAGGAAUUCUUCAUCCGACUCCUAAUCUCUUUUUUGCCCGAAUUAGAAAACCAUGUAUUUUCCAGUAAAGAAUAUUUUGAUUUGUGUGGAGAUCUAUUGGGCUUAUUUACAAAGACAACAGACUAUAAUGUAAAAGAGCUAUUUGUUGAGCUUGUCAAUCGAUUGAGGCAACAUCCUAUUCGGGAGCAAUUGCAUUUAUGCAGUGACGACACUGUAGUCGUAGGGUUACUAAAGUUGAUAAAAAUUCUUGUCGAAAAAUACAGCCAAUUAAAACGGAUACCUGAGUUAGGCGACAGCUUGAUCGACAUGAUAUUCCAUGACUGUCUGUUUGAAAUACCA